CUCGAUUGCUUCAACCAUCGGACUCGGUGCCGCGACAAAUCCGCAAUUGUUUCAGCGAGGGCAUCGAUACAACUUUCGCCAUGGUGUUGCAAGAUCUCGGGCGUCGCAUCAACGCGGCGGUUUCUAACCUCACGCGAGAGCAGAAUCUGGAUGAAAAGGCUUUCGACUCCAUGCUCAAGGAGAUCUGCGCUGCUCUUCUCGAGGCCGACGUAAACGUGCGACUUGUCGGACAGCUCCGGAAAUCGAUUCGUAGCGCCGUCAACUUUAAAGAACUCCCGCCUGCCGUCAACAAGAAGCGUCUGAUUCAAAAGGCCGUUUUCGACGAGCUGGUGAAACUCGUCGACCCCCAUGCCGAGCCCUUCAAGCCCAAGAAGGGCAAAUCAAACGUCAUCAUGUUUGUAGGUCUGCAGGGUGCGGGUAAAACGACGACGUGUACGAAGCUGGCGAGACACUACCAGAGCAGAGGACUGCGGUCGUGCUUGGUUUGCGCCGAUACGUUCCGUGCUGGUGCUUUCGAUCAGUUGAAGCAGAACGCGACAAAGGCCAAGAUUCCGUACUAUGGUUCACUUACGGAGACGGACCCGGCUGCGGUUGCUCGAGCUGGUGUUGAGCAAUUCAAAAAGGAGAAGUUCGAUGUCAUCAUCGUCGAUACGUCAGGUCGACACAGACAGGAAUCUGCCCUGUUCCAAGAAAUGAUUGAUAUCCAGGCAGCAGUCAACCCAGAUGAGACCAUCAUGGUGCUAGAUGCAUCAAUAGGUCAACAAGCCGAAUCUCAAGCGAAAGCCUUCAAAGAAGCUGCCGACUUUGGUGCCAUCAUUAUCACCAAGACGGACGGUCACGCGCACGGCGGUGGUGCCAUUUCUGCGGUCGCCGCUACACACACACCCAUUGUGUUCAUUGGUACUGGAGAACACAUGCUAGAUCUAGAACGGUUCGAGCCUCAGCGAUUUGUUCAGAAGCUAUUGGGAAUGGGUGAUAUGGCAGGCCUUGUUGAGCACGUGCAGAGCCUUAAUCUGAAUCAAAAAGACACAAUGAAGCACAUUCAAGAAGGUAUCUUUACGGUGCGAGACUUGCGAGACCAGCUUUCAAAUAUCAUGAAGAUGGGACCCCUGUCGAAGAUGGCUGGCAUGAUUCCCGGUAUGAGCGGGCUGAUGCAAGGCAUGGAUGACGAAGAGGGUGGCUUGAAGCUGAAGCGCAUGAUUUACAUCUGCGAUUCCAUGACCGACAAAGAACUCGACUCUGACGGCAAGAUUUUCAUCGAUGAACCAACCCGAAUGACUCGUAUUGCUCGAGGAUCGGGUACCUCAGUUCGUGAGGUGGAAGAUCUCCUUACACAGCAGCGGAUGAUGGCCGGUAUGGCUAAGAAGAUGGGUGGCAACAUGAAGAAUAUGCAGAGAGCUCAGCAGGCCAUGGCAGGUGGAAACAAGGCACAGCAACUGGCUGCUAUGCAGAAACGACUACAGAGCAUGGGCGGCGCUGGUGGCGCUGGAGGCAUGCCAGAUAUGGGAUCAUUAAUGAAGAUGCUCGGUGGCGGAGGCAUGCCUGGCGGGAUGGAUAUGCAGGCGAUGAUGCGACAGAUGGGCAUGGGCGGUGGUAUGCCUGGCAUGCCAGGUAUGCCAGGAGCUGGCCGUGGCCGGAGGUGAGGCAAGAGAUUGGAGUGAUUGUGGCUAUGUGUGAAUUUGAUUUCGUUUCAUCCUUGUUUCGGAGCUCCGGUAGGUUGGGCAUUUUUACGGAUGAUGGCUGGUUGCUAGAGCUCAUGUGCAUAGGUAUCGGCGUUUGGCAGUGAUGAAGGGAUUAAAUGAAUGGUGGCUCGAAGAGAGCAAGAUGCAAUGUCAAGGUACACGGUAUAUGAUGCAAUGUGUAUAUGAUUCAAUGUCGGCGUCUGCUCACAAUCUUGAACAUACAUGCUUUGCUUCACCGGGGCCACCAAGAUAUAAUAUACCAAGAAAAAUAAGAUCCUUUAAUGCUGACACUUUUAUACAGCGUUAAGGAGAAUACCAAUGCGCAGUGAAUCUCACUCAGAGUGUGUGACACUUGGACCAUUAGGCCAUUGUAAUAGUAUAAGAAAUAGUGAUGGUUUAAUAAUCGCCCAU